UAAACAUGGCGGUAUCCGGGACUGAAGAAUACACAAAAUCAAUUGAAAAUCCAGCCCGGAGUUCAAGUGUAUCCACAAAUGAUCCGCUACAUUUUGCUGUACACAAGCCUGGAUACCAUAUCCAGAGCUGCUGUGGAAUCUGCAACUUAUUCCCUGGAGUGCUGUUAAUCGCUUUCAGCCAAGUUCUUGUUGGAUCUGUCCUGCUCACUCUCAUCCUGACACAUGGCAAGCAGUACGAUGAGAUACAUCGGACGUCGUCGAGUCAAGUCAUGAGCUUGGCCACAGGAGCAAUUCUGAGCGGCAUCACUGGAGCUGGCGUUCUUCUCAUAAUCGUGGCUCUCACGGAAAACUGUCGUGCGAUGUUGGUGUACCUGCUUGUGGCAUCGUUGAUGUGGGUUUCUGUUCUCUCAUUAGCUGUGGUAAAAAUUGGAAGGGCUUGUGUACGAUUCCAAGAUGCGCCCAAGGUAAAGGAUGAACAGCACAAGAUUGACAAUCUGGCGUGCACUUGUGGUCUCCUGACUUUUUUGGCAGCGGUGAUAUAUUUAUUUUCAUUUAUGGUGGUCUUCAGCUUCUACCAUUUCCGGUACGUUCGUCGUGCCAUUUUGCUGCACGAAGCUCAGUGUGAAUAGCCAUUACACACACACACUUCAUGAAAUAAUAUUAUAAUUCAAUUACUUAUAUAUUAAAUUAUUAAAACAG